AUGUGGCCCAAUGACAAAGUUCUAAGUUUCAUUGAAGAUUACCAUGCAUUUAGCUGCCUUUGGGAUGUUACCUCUGCAGAAUACAAAAACCGGGACAAAAAAAAAUUAGCGCUUCAAUCACUGGCCACUAAGCACGAGGCAACAGUGGCAGAUAUUGAAAAGAAAAUACAUAAUUUAAAAACUUCUUUUAACCGAGAGCGAAAAAAAAUAAAACAGUGUAGUGGGGCCUCUCCUAAGAAGUCUACAUGGUUUGCAUAUGAAUAUUUGCUAUUCUUACUACCAUUUAAUGAGUCUAGAGGCAGCCGUAACACAGAUUUGGAGGAAGCAAUCCCAAAGAGUGGAAACAAUGAAUUUGAGGACACCUCACAGACUGUCAACACUGAGGACCAAAUAGCCACUGAGGACCAAGCAGACACUUCUAUUAACGAAAUUGCACAAGAGGACCAUGGCCAAUCAUUCCAAACACCAAGAAAUCCUCCUAAACGUGCCCGGAAGAGUGAAGACUCCCCUGUCAAUGAAGCUGUAAACUGCCUGAAAUCUCUCACACAUAUUGUUUCUGGAAAAGAUGAGAAUUCAGCAUUCGGGGAUUUCGUCGCAAAUAAAAUGAAAACCUGUAAGAGGCCCCGGGUGGAGAUUUCUUUAGCUCAGCGUUAUAUUAAUGAUAUAUUAUUUCGAUUGGACAUGGGACUGCUAUCUGCUGAUAUUCAAUCUAUGUACAAGUCACAUACAUAUCCCACCUCUAUCCCAUCACAUUCCCCCUUGCCACACUCUCCACAUUUCAGUGGUCAUUCAUCUCCUAUUCAACCUUGUUCACCAGUUCCUACAGUUUCUGCAUCACCUGUUCCACCUCAACAAUCACAUUUCAGUGGUCAUUCAUCUCCUAUUCAACCUUGUUCACCAGUUCCUACAGUUUCUGCAUCACCUGUUCCACCUCAACAAUCACAUUUCAGUGGUCAUUCAUCUCCUAUUCAACCUUGCUCACCAGUUCCUACAGUUUCUGCAUCACCUGUUCCACCUCAACAAUCACAUUUCAGUGGUCAUUCAUCUCCUAUUCAACCUUGCUCACCAGUUCCUACAGUUUCUGCAUCACCUGUUCCACCUCAACAAUCACAUUUCAGUGGUCAUUCAUCUCCUAUUCAACCUUGCUCACCAGUUCCUACAGUUUCUGCAUCACCUGUUCCACCUCAACAAUCACAUUUCAGUGGUCAUUCAUCUCCUAUUCAACCUUGCUCACCAGUUCCUACAGUUUCUGCAUCACCUGUUCCACCUCAACAAUCACAGUCACUAGCUGGAACACUCAAUAACCCCUUCGAUUUCUUGGAAUUGUAGUAUGGACAAUAAUCAAAAGUUUAAUAGGUAAUUACUAUAAUAAUGACAGAAAAAUAUCAUUUCCUUUAUGAAGAUCAAUGUUAGCAAAUAAGUCUGUGGUUUAUUUCAUUAAACAGGAAUGUACUGUAUUUUAUCAUGCAGUUGAUAUUUAAAGAAUUUUCAAAUUUGAUUUCCUUAUUUUCAUGUGUUUAUCACUAUGUUUUAGGAGUAUAUUUCCCAUAUAUUUUUUUUUAUUAUGUUAUUAUUAGCGUACAUUUUCUUACUGUACACGAACAAGGAAUCUGAAUAUCUUAAUUUGUUUGAAAGCACAGCACUAAUAAAAUUUAAAGUCAAAAUUCGUUGUAUAUACAUACCUUCACAUAUUGUUUCAGUGCUGAAAUA